AUGUCCGAAUCACCUCCACCUCCCUCGUGGAGCAUCAGCAGCGUGGCCAACAGUGCCGCGCAGUUCAUGCGACUACCCGUGUUGGCCUCAUCUGGCCUGGCCGUGGUUGCAAGUGGACUCCUAUAUUUCAAGCAGAACGAACUAAUCUACCCCCGCAAUGUCCCUGUGGAUGCCCGUACGAAUGUCCCCAGCCCUCGCCAAUUUGGCGUCACCGACUUUGAGGAUCUCCAAAUCCCGACCCCGGACGGCGAAUCGUUGCAUGGGCUCUUUUUGCGCCAACGACCUGGCCGAUUCUCUAGUAAUGUGACGGUCCUAAUGUUCCAUGGUAAUGCGGGCAACAUCGGCCACCGCGUUCCCAUCGCCAAAGCUUUACAGGAGACACUUCGGUGCAAUGUCCUCCUGCUGGAAUAUCGCGGAUAUGGAAUGUCAACUGGCACCCCAGAUGAGACAGGUCUCAAGAUUGACGCUCAGACCGGCCUUGAUUACUUGCGACAGCGCACUGAAACGCGCGACACAGAACUUAUUGUCUACGGGCAGAGUCUGGGUGGUGCAGUGGCUAUCAAUCUGGUCGCGCAUAACGAAGAGCAAGGUGAUAUCAGUGGGCUGAUCCUGGAAAACACAUUCCUCAGCAUCCGCAAAUUGAUCCCCAAUGUGUUCCCCCCGGCGCGGUAUCUGGCGCGUCUCUGCCAUCAAUAUUGGACCAGUGAAGACGUUCUGCCUAAGAUUGAGAAAACCCCAAUUCUUUUCUUAAGUGGACUCAAAGACGAGCUUGUACCACCCUCGAACAUGGCACAAUUGUUUGCUGUUUGCAAGACCCAGACCAAGAUCUGGCGCACACUCCCGAACGGUGGCCAUAAUGACUCCGUUGCUGAACCGGGUUAUUUCGAGCACAUCCACUCCUUCGUCACAGAAGAAGUGCUGACCACCAAAAAAUAA